AUGAAGCCCACUUUCAUCACUCUCAUUGGCCUUCUGGCUGCUUCGGUUGCUGCCGGUCCUCUUCCCGCUGAUGUUGGUGCCGCCGUUGAAGCCAGGGGUGAGGGUAAGCAAGGCGGCCAGAAUACCGGCAAGCAGGGAGGGAACAAGGGCGGCGACAAGGGAAAUGCUCCCAAGAACGGCACGGCUAAUGCCGGCGGCUCUGCUUCUGGCGGCGCUGGCGGCGGUGGUGGAGCCAAGGCUGGCAACACCUCAGCUCUUGUGUUGCCUGAUGGGCGUAUCGCGCAAGACGCAAAGGCAGAGAACUUCAAUGUUCUUGCAAGCGUCUUCAAGAGUGCUGUUGUAAAGGGAGAUGGCCUGCAGUUCAGUGACAUUAUUACCUUCCCCGAAGUGGAGGCAUCUCUGUUCGACAAGGCUGCCAACACCAAGGCGUUCGCCAUUAACAUUGACGACAAGUCUGUGUUCAUCCCAAAGGGCGGCGAGGCGCAGUCCAACAUCCGUCGUGCCGACUUGCUCCCAAGCAUUCGCUCUCAGCUCAAUGAUGUUGCCGUAACGGGUGUGCGCACCAUGCACUUCUCCGUUCAGCGCGAUGCCACCAAGCCCCUGAAUGCGUCCCAUGACUACCAGAUCAUGAACCUCGAGUCCAAAGACUUCAGCUUCCAUCAAUUUGAUGUCCGCACAGGAGGGGAGAACAAGAAUGACAUCGCCAUCUUCGGUAACGCCAAGAACCCCGCGGGACCUCAGAAACUCUUCUCCACUCCCUUUGGCGAGGGAAAGUUUGAGAACUUUGCGCUGAAGAUGGAUUUCAAUGCCAACACCCUUCAAGUCUUCCACAGCACUGGCAAUGACCCCCUCAAGCAGGCCACCGAGCCUCUUCAAAAUGAUCUCGCUGGUCUGGGAGAAUAUCACUUCUCCCUGCAGAAGAACCCCGUCGGACAGGCCCAACAGCCCACUGGCAUCAAGGAAGCGAUCAUCUUCGGUGGCAUCUUCAUGGAGGAUUCUACCAAUGGACAAGUCACUCUCCAGUAG